GCGUCACACCUUGGUAGCGUAAUAUUGACUGUAAUUUAUCGGUUGUCACAAAAAGUUGCAUCCACUGUGAGCGCUGACUUGUUGCCGGGUUAUUUCCAUGCCGGAUAUUUUGUGGUCAUAAUUUGAAGAUAUUAGCGGCGAAAAGACUGUCGACAUGGGAAGCUACGCACGAGACACGAGGCUGGAGGAGAAGCAGGAUCUCAUCCACCUGAACAACAAGCUUGCGGACUACAUGCGGAGAGUUCGGAGUCUAGGCGCGAGUGGACAGAAUUCCCAGCUUUUCCUUGACACCCUUCGUUCGAUCGAGGACGAGGUUCAGAAGCUCAAGAACCUGUAUGAGUGCGAGCUGGACAAACUGAGGCGGAAACUAGAGGAAGCGAACCGUAUAAAGAACGACGCCAUAUCCGAUGUCGAAAAGAACCGCAGGGUGGCUGCAGAUUUCGAGGACAGGUUUCGCGCAGAAAAGGACAAGAUAGGGGUUCUGACAUCGGAACUGGCUUGUCUUCAGCGGAAGGUUGGCGAACUUGAGAAGGAGUUGACGGCCGCUCGCUCGUCCGCCGCCUCCCCGAAGGCUCAGCUGGCGGCAGUCGAGAGCGACCUGGCACGCGAGUGCGCCAAGAACAAAGACCUGGCCAGAAAACUUGAUGAGGAAUUGGCGAAGAACAAGCAACUGACAGACCAGAAUAAGGUUCUGCAGCAAAAACAGGGUUUCUCGGAUAAAGUACAAAACGAACAGCUCCGAGAUGCUCACAAUAAACUUGAGCAAGCCAAAUGUCUGAUAACCGACUUGGAGAAAAAGAACAAAGAUCUGGAGCGCCAGCUGACGUCACUUCCUGAAAUGCUCGAUCAGAUGCGCAAGAAGACCGAGAAAGACUUGCUGGACUAUCGUAAAGAAUUGGAGGCUGCGAACGCCAAAAAUAACGCUGCCAUGCGGAAACAACUGGAGGAGCAAGAGAGACAACUCCUACAGCUCAGGGCCGACAACUCGAAGCUCGAGGCGGAGAACGGGCGUCUGAUGGGUCGCUUCCGGGAGCUGGAAGGACAGAUCCGGGACCUCGAAUCCCAGAAAGCUUCUCUGGAACAACAACUUGCCAAUGAACGCAAUCGCAGCUCAGAGCGUAUGCGCGAGCUAGAGCGAAAGUUGAAGGAGCUUCAGGACCAGCUGUUCCGGAACCUUCAAGACGUCACUUCCGGCAAGGAAGCCCAAGUGACGUUGAAGCAGGAAAUUGAGACAUACCGGAUAUUGCUGGAGGAAGAGGACCGGCGCCUGCGCAAUGAUGCUGGAAGUCGGCCUUGCUCGCGCACCGGACCUGCCCGAUCGCCACCGCCUAGCCCCAUAAAAUGCGCCAAGCCUGCCACGCCCACUAAGGCCCGAGGACCAGGAUUGUACAAGCCCGGAAACGACCCUCGCACCGAGUACCAGUUUGCGUACAGCAAACCUAACUGGGCUCGUGCUAAGACCAGCGCAGACGGUUUGCCUAAAUUUCAGUCAGGAAACUCCAAGCUGUACAUGUCCGGUGACGGUCAUCUGAUAAGCACAGGGCAUGGUCAUGUGCGACAGAGCCUGCCUCGUGUUUAUUAAUAGAAGACUCGUGUUAAGGCUCGACUCGCUCCGGUGAUGUCACGGAAAUAAACGAAGAUUGUUAGUAAUAAAACUAUAUUUUAGAAAAUACAAUGUGCUCCUAUGUAUUGUGAUAUCUUCUGCACUUCUAUGAAUAAUAAUGUAUAUAAUAUAUUUUCCGUCCAUAGAGAUAUUUCUUAUAUAUUAAUUAUUUACAAAAAAAAUUUAUUAUCAUAAAAUUACUGCUGCU